AUGCGGCGACCUUCUUUGAACUCUCGCGAGGUUUCGUAUUCCCGGAAGUCCCGAAGGAUCUUCGCUGUUAACGGCGUCGCGAUGUGUGUGGACUGUGUGGAGAAGGAAUAUCCCAACCGGGGUAACAUCUGCCUGGAAAAUGGAUCUUUCUUGCUGAACUUUACAGGCUGUGCAGUGUGCAGUAAGCGAGAUUUUAUGCUGAUCACAAACAAAUCUUUGAAAGAGGAAGAUGGAGAAGAAAUAGUUACCUAUGAUCAUCUUUGUAAGAAUUGUCAUCACGUAAUAGCCAGGCAUGAGUAUACAUUCAGUAUCAUGGAUGAAUUUCAGGAAUAUACCAUGCUGUGUCUGUUAUGUGGUAAAGCCGAAGAUACUAUCAGUAUUCUUCCGGACGACCCCCGACAAAUGACUCUGUUAUUCUAAGGAUCCUUCUGCCGUUCUGUAAUAACGCUGUUGUGUUGGUUUACAAUACAGCAAGCCUGAUGAUUUGUCUUAGUUUAUAAUGGAAA